GCCUAGCAACGGUUGUCUAACCAACAGGCGUUCGGUGCCUAGCAACGGUUGUCUCACCAGCACACUUCCAUUUCCUCCACUCGGUCUGUUACUUCCGGCGUAGAAGAAGACGUGCAGGCUAGUGUCCAUGUUUACUUCUGCUGUGAACGCAGGGCCUAAGUACUGCCAACUUUUAAAGCGCAAGCAUGAGCGGCCUGGAUCAGAACCAGCAUCUCUAUCCUAGUUGCCGUGACAAAACAACAGUCUGUAGUGAUUCAUCAGACACCCAUGAUCUUGCCAAGCAACCUCUCCAAGGUCUGAAAUUGGCAUCACAUGCGGUGCUGGAGGAAGCACAGAAGAAAGGCAGGUUGAAGUGCUCGAAAUGCGGAGGAUCAAGGAUGUUCUUCUGCUACACAUGCUGCACAUUAGUGGGUGUCAGUCUGCAAGAAAUCCCUGUGAUCAAGCUUCCUGUGAAGAUAGACAUCAUAAAGCAUCCUAAUGAGACAGAUGGCAAGAGCACUGCAAUCCAUGCCAAGAUACUCGCUCCCGGCGACGUCACCAUAUACACUUACCCCUGCAUACCUGAGUUUGAAAAGGACAAGGUGGUGUUGGUGUUUCCUGGGCCAGGGGCUGUCUCAGUUCAAGACAUGAUGCAGUGUUUACGUGACAGGAGUAACAGCCGAACACGCGACUCCUCUGAUGAACCCUGCAUCAAGAGGCUGAGAAGUGAAGGAGUUCAGGGUGCCACACACACCGCAGAGAACCCAGAUGAAGCAAAGGGCUCGGAGUCAAAGGUUCAUCCCCUGCAGAGGGUGGUUUUCAUUGACAGCACAUGGAACCAGACCAACAAGAUCAGCACUGACGAGCGACUGCAAGAUUUGCUGCAAGUAGAGCUGAAGAUGAGAAAAACAUGUUUCUGGCGGCGUCAGAAGGGAAAGCCGGACACUUACCUUGCUACUAUUGAGGCCAUUUAUUAUUUCCUCAAAGACUUCCAUGAGCAUUGCCUUACUCCGGGGUACGACGGAGAAUACGACAACCUUCUCUUCUUCUACUCCUACCUCCACACGGUUAUCAACAAAGCCAAGACUUCUGCUGGAAAAUGCUAAGAAAUACUGAACUUUUGGUGAAGAAACUGAAGCCCUACUAUGCCCUGUUUUACGUCUUUGCUGUAAUGGUUUUGUUUUUUUAAGGGGUACUACGGCAUCAUCUUGUGUUAAAGUCUGCAAUAAAACAAUUAAAGGUUUGAUACAUGAAUGAA